UCAAGUUAUCGACAUUAAAUUUAGUCAUUCUUAGGGAGCAUCCCGCUUCCUAGUCUCUUCUCCCUCGUUCAAAAAAAAACUUUUUAAAAAUUUUUCCCUAAAUAUAGACCUCAAAAUUAGCGCUUUCACAAAAGUGCUCUGAAUCUCAUUCCGAAGGUCAUACUAGGUGUCUUAGGCAAUAAAUAGGCUCCAGUGAAAGUUCCAGAAUCUUUCGUGUCCAUCUCGGGUUUCAAAACAAAAAAAAUAAAAAACAGUCUAUAACCAAAUUUGCGUCUAGACGCCAAGGCACCUAGGCAUUAAAAAAAUUUUCAAACUAAAAAAUUUGAGAUUUCACGAAACAUGUCCAUUUUUCAUUCCGACUGUUCUAGAGGGUGUCCUAGUAAAGCAUCAUUGUAUCCGAGUGUUCCCGGAAUUUUUAAACUCCGUCAAGGCCUCCAAAUGGCCGAAAUGAAAUUGCAGCCAGUAGCCAAAUUUGUGUUCGGACGCCCCUUGUCCAGUUGCUUGUCAUGGGAAGUCCAAGGUAGCGCCCACCACACGCCUUAGCACUUGGCGUCCGGACGCCGCCCGAUGCGUCCUGAUGCUAGAGCCUAUAAUUGGCCCGAGCCCAAUUCUUUCUUUAUAUCCAUUCUUCUUUUCAUUUUGCUUGCCCAUUCUCUCUAUCUCAACCUUCGUUCUCUCUCAACUCAAUUUUUCUCAUCAUUUUCCUCCUAUUCUUUUUCCCCAUCAUCUCCGAUCAUUAUUCAAUCUUCAAUUCAAAAAUUCAUCCCUCCACUUAUCAAGUGUGCAAGAAUCAUCUUCUCCAUUGUUGUGGUUGUUUGACAUCGCGCACCACGUGUUUCUUAAAUUUCCUGAACCAACUCUUCACUCUAUAAUGGCACCAAGAACUGCUCCAAAGCGUGCUAGAUCAUCCCAAGAGGUGUUUAUUCCCAAUUGGAGUGAAUGGCCCAUCGAAUUCGAGACUAAAUUCGCUAUUCGGGAUGACUUCAAGAGGCAUCUCAAGACGGUAUGGGAAGUCAAAAUUCUCAAAAACUGUGGCCUUUCUUCUCUUUUCAAACCAUGCCAUCAUGUGGUCCAUCCUCAUUUGGUUCAUCUUUUCUACCAUAAUAUCUUAUACAAUUGUGAGACACCAACCGUUCUUACUACUUCUAACGAUGGCACCAUAUUGACAUUCACCUUGUAUGAUGUUGCCGCCGCUUGUGGCUACCCGACUAACUCACCCUUGGAUGCAAAUGGUCAACCUCUUUAUGGUUUAUUGCUAGACAUGGUUGUUUAUUGGAUGAUUUAGUGGACAUUUUGAAAGAAAUCGGCCAUAGCAAACUCACGAACUAGAAGAGCAAUUCCACUAGCAAGUCUUACUUGCCGUACCGAAUUUGGUUGAUAGAGACCGUGCUUGCUAGGAAUGUAUUCCCAAUAGGCCAUCAUGCAUAGCGCAGUGGUGUGUUUCUUAAUUCUCUUUAUUCUGUUGAAACAGGCUCGUGGUUCUCUAUCCCUGCUCUCAUUUGGUUCCAAAUUUUGAAAGUCUAUACCGAUUUAAUCGUGAAGCAAACGGAAAGGUCAUUAACAUACUUGUUCUUUUCUUUUCCCCUAUCUAAUCACAAAGCUAAUUAAGGACCAAGGGUUUACUAUCCCACGCAACGAGCUGCGUGCAACCUCCAAGGUGGAUUAUAAACUCAAAAAGUAGGAGUCCUUUAUUGAUUAUGGCGGCCCAGGUCCAUCUUCAUUUGCACCGAUGGAGGAUUGAGCAUUUUUAUGCUCUUUUGCUUUAUAAUUUAUUUGCCAGUACUUUGUUUUGUUGGAUAUUUUGGCAUGACAUGUGGGUGCACGUUUUAUGUGCACGAAUUUUGAUCUCUUUCCUGGUUUUGAAUAAAAGUAUGAUGUGUUCUUUUAGAUUUA